AUGCCGACGGAAGUUAGAUACGAAGACGGAGAACCAGCGGUGCGUACUUUGCACCCCGCGUAAGAUAAUAGGUAGACACGACAACGGUCAACUUUUAUGACAGAGAGAGGUUGUUUCUUGUUUCAGAGAAUGACUUUCAGUGCAAGCGUCCCUAAGCAGUCGACCUAAAGAAAACCUAGAUGCUCCCAUUAAGUUAGUAUGAAUGAAAACCAUGCCUUUGCACGUGGGAGUUCUAGUUCCAGUGUAAGUAGCAGCCUGCAAGAUACGGAGGAUGACAGAAUCAUCGCUAGUAUCUUAUCAGAAGAAAACUCAAGAGAAGAUGGCAGGUUAGGAAAGAGGCUGUCUCAUUUGGAUUCCAUCCCGCACACUCCUCGUGUUAACCAGGAAAUUCCUGAUGUCAACGAUGCAACUUUGGAUCAUGAAAGACUAUCAGAGAGGUUGAAUACCUAUGGCUUGCAAGAACUUCAAAUCGAAGGAGAUGGGAAUUGUCAGUUUAGAGCUUUAGCUGAUCAGUUGUUUCGGAAUCCUGAUUAUCACAAACAUGUUAGAAAAGAGGUGGUGAGGCAGCUAAAACAUUUUAAGAAGCUGUAUGAAGGAUAUGUACCGAUGAAGUACAAACAAUACCUGAAGAAGAUGAAAAGAUCUGGUGAAUGGGGAGAUCAUGUUACCUUACAAGCAGCUGCAGAUCGGUUUGAGGCCAAAAUCUGUUUACUUACUUCUUUUAGAGACUCCUGUUUCAUUGAAAUUAUUCCCAAGGACAAAGCUCCUACAAGAGGAUGAGCUGGGACCAAUCCGAGGCGUAUAUGAAGCGAUGGUCCUAUCCACCAGCAGGAUGACAUUGAUCCAGAGUGGAUCAUCCGGUACUACUUGUGGGUUGGGUAUCUAAUACUGAUCCGGAUUGUGAUUGAUUGGAUCCCCUCUGCCGAUCUUUGAAACCUUGGGUUGUUCUAGUUCUCCUCUAGGGAGUGAUGAAAUAAUAUUUAAACAAAUAAAGUGCACUGUAGGAUUACUAUGGUUGAGCACUUGCUAUUGGGCUUAGGAAUGGUAAAUUUGACCCAAUAAAUGAGUAAUUCCUGACCUGAUUUGGUAAUUCUGAGUUGAUGCCUUUAACCUGAUACAGAAUUGGAUCAGUGGGUUGAAGUAGUUCUUAGUUCUUACUAUUGUUUUUCAACUCAUCCUGGUAUUCUUAUAAAGAAUUCCCCAACCUGCCCUGAAUGUGCCACUUUCAACCUGCCUGGUUGCUAAAGCAACUGCAAGCAAUUUAUUUAUUUAUUAUUCAAUAGGAUUUAUUUACUUUUGCAUCCUGCUUUGCUAGCACAGUGAAUGAACAUUAACCUUCAACUCAUCAUGUGAAUAUUGAUUGUAUAAGUUUGGACUUUCAGCCUGAUAAACUAAUGUGUCAGUACUGGGUUUGGUGUUUAGUGUUUAACUGUUAACUCCUCUGUGCUUUGUCUUUUCUGGUGUUUAGUGUUUAACUGUAACUCCUCUGUGCCUAGUCUUUUCUGGACCAAGUGCCUCUGCUAGUGGAUUCAAAUAGCACUGCUGCUGUGUAUAAUUAAGUAUGAUUGAAAGAGUAGUUGGAAAUAGACACGAUUAUUUACCAACAUAUUCUGUAAUUUUAAAUACACUAUUUGGAUGCCUUCUGUGUGAUUAACUCAAUUAUGAAAAUUUUGU